AACCGCUGCACAUCACCCUCCGAAUUUUCUCGUUUUCCGCCGCCCGGACACAUCCGUCAAUCCCCGAGCGAAUCGAACGCGAAGGAACAGACCGACAACAAACAGAGGACGUCGGCGAGCUCGACUUACAACACUUUCCCUGAUGAUCUGUACUUGGACGAUCAGGACGCCUUAGAGGGUUCCGGCCGAGGUGGCAGCGACAAUCGCGACGACCUCGAGGCCUCGGGCAGCGGCCUUGGCCCUGACGACGAGGACGGGGACGAUGACCAUGAGUUUACUGGUAACAAUGGACUAGAAGUUCCGAGCAAGCCGACCGAAGCGAGACCUCCGUAUCCCAUCGAUGAGACAAACGUCAAAACUAAACAACAGACGACCAUUGAAACCGUGAACCGACCCGGCAACGAGGUCAACGUAAUCGAGCCCUCAGGCACGGAAGACGAUCACGCUGACAACACCGACGAGGUCUAUAUCAUGAAUCCGAAACCCGGAGACCGCGCCAGCUCGUUCUUUGCGCAGCCAGGCGUAUUAGCCGCUGUGAUCGGCGGCGCGGUGGUGGGCCUCCUCUGCGCGAUACUGGUGGUCAUGUUCAUCGUGUACCGGAUGCGCAAGAAGGACGAAGGCUCGUACGCCCUGGACGAGCCGAGGAGAUCGCCCGCGGCACAGGCCUUCCCUAAGCCGGGCGCGCCUCACCACAACCGGGAGUUCUACGCUUGAGGCGACGGCGGCGCGAUGGCGACUUCGCCGCUUCCUCUCGCGAUCUCACGAUGCCGAGCCGAGUAAAGACCCACCGACGAUCAACGCCCGCCUUCGGAAUCCCCGCUGGUCGAUGGUGGAAGCAAUUACUACGGCGAAUCGCAUGGCACGCGCUCACAGACUCUCCCGAAACGCAAAGUUUUACCCGAGGAACGUCGCUCAGAAUGUCGGCCGAUUCUCGAUUACACGGAAUCCUCCUCCUCCGAUCGGCCCCUGCCCUUCCCUUGUUCUUAGCUUUAAAUCGAUCGUUAUAACAUAUCCCCACUUAACUAUUCGGAUUCUUUCCCUUCCCUUUGCCCCCCCACCCCCCUCAAAAGGCAAUUUUUUUCACGAUUUUUCCGAGCUUCCCCUAUGAUCUUAAACUCGACGCGAGUUCGAGCCGUGACAAAACGACGUUAACGGCUUCUCGGCCGCUCGAAUUCCUCUUGACUCUAGGAAACUGUAUUUUCUUACGCGCUGUAUUUCAUCGUGUUCGAAAUAGAUGUGCGCGAGUAAGAGUAGUCGGAGGCAAGACGAAUUCGCGGCUCUCAGCAGACGGACCGUUCACCAAGCGCCGAACUUUUUCAGCCUGACGCUCCGGUUCGCCCUUUUGCGCAACCCCUGUACAGACUUUCCUUUUCCUCGUCCUGCGACUUUAACCGCGUUUUCGCUGAUCUCCUUGAAAAGAUUCUCUUUGGAGUGUAAUCAUCCCGGCUGGGUGACUGAAGCGACGGACAAUGAACGACGAGAGACUACGGCUCUCGUAAUAUAGGCCCGUCGAGACACCGUCGGCGAGGUUGCACCAAUUCCACGAUUGCAUUUACAAGCGUAUUUAGAGAGCGUAUAUAUAUUAUAUAAAUAUAUACAUAUAUGCAUAUGUAUAUAUAUAUAUAUUUGUAUAUUUACGUGUAUGUAUACGUAUAUAUACAUGUACAGGACUGAGAGCGUGAAAAUUCGUGGGCGAUAAACGCCGCUGCUAUGUCGUUAAUCAUUCUGUCUCUCGGUGGAAGGAGGGAGGAGAAGAAGGAUCGUUGCGGCGUCGUGAUUUCUCUCCGACAGCGAGAGCAGCGAAGAGAGUUAAGCUGCAACCUCGUUCGCGCGUCGCUGCUAUUACUUGUUCUCUCCUUUUUUUUUUAAAUUUACGAUAUUUGUUUGAUACUGCGAGCGCUUAAUACUGAGUUCCGACGAAGAUUUAGGUGUUUUAUUGCGCGUUUGCGUUUCCAAUAGAGGCGAAAACGGUGGGACUCGUUGACUAUAUUGAUCGAUUGCAGAGAGGAUAAAAAGGGCGCCUAUAUUAAGAAUAUGUGUUAAGCAUUAAUCGUAGCGCGACCGCGUCGACCCACAUUACGUAUUGCGAGGGAAACAAAGGAAAUAUUUAAUUUGACGUAUUUCUUAGAAAUUUAUAUAAGUUGUUGCACAAAAUUAUGAAAAAUUUAUUUAUCCGUCGAUCGGUCGCAAGUAUUGUACAUAUCGUUAUAUAAAUAGCGAUUAUUUCUGAAACAUAUAUAAGAUUUUAUACGUAUUUCCUCUGCGCAGCUUCUCUCUUCGUUUCGUUGUAUCCUAGAACGUUGAAAGACGAACAGUUCAACGUUUGAAUCUCGAGUUAUUCAGUAAGAAGGAUUAAGAGUCCUUUCGAUUCUUCUCGAUUGAUUCGAUUAUUUAUUUCUAACGCCAGCUUCCUGCGUGUUUCUUGCGCGAGAUAAGUGUAUCUCAUAUUUUUAAGAUAAGACUCGAUGGUAAUAGAAAACAUAUAUAAAACUUGCUCGCAGUUUGGAUCAUUUUACGCUUCGAUAACCGCUUCAUGUAAAUCAUGUUUAAUAUAUAUCGAGAAUUUAUGUAACAAUACACUGAAAAUCUCAAUAAUUAUGACUAUCAUGUUUCACAUGUUUGCCAGGCAUUCAGCAAAUUUUUAUUAGAACAUGCUGUACGAAUCGCCAAUUUGCAAUUGAUGCAUUUAGCAAAUAAAGUAAAUUCUCAGUUAGCGUGCCAUAUCUUUUUGAAACGCGAACCCGGCAGCCAUGCGUGCGUGUCGCCCCCAGUACACACAAUCGACGGUUUUUCCAUCUUCCAAAUUGUAUUCCUGCAGAAAUAAAAAUGCAGCUGUUAAAACACGCGAGGAAUCUCUAGAAACUCUUGAAUCUUUUUCAUUUCUCCGAUGUUCGGGAGUGUCGGAUGAGCAGAAAUAGUUCGGGAGUUCACUGAAUCAUGUUUGCAUGGCAAUGGGACGUCAAACCCUCCUUCCACUCAUAAGAUGAAAACAUCCCGCUUUUAUUAUAUCGGAUCGAUUCUGAUGCUAAUAAAAAUCCUCGAUACAUCCGUCUAGGAUUAUCUUUAUCUUGUCUUACAGACUUCUAAUGACAGAGAAGUCACGUUGCCAUAAAGCGAAAGACGGAUGCUGCGUUUGAAAGGCAAAUAAUUAGCCACGACACGGAAAAAAAAAAAGAGGGAAUAUGUGGUUCCUUGCCCCAAGAGCGAUAUAAUAAGCGCGCACGCCUUAGUAACGACAGAAAUGAUGUCAUAAUGCUGUAUUAGAAAGCGAAAGGGAACACGCGAAAAGCGAUACAAAUGCUUAUACAUUCGUUCGUAUAGGAAUUUUUUUCCACGGCGACAUUUGUCACGCGAUCGAUCCGCAUCGCGGAGUCCACCUAUUUAUUAACGUUUUUCCUCCACUUCACGGUGGUGUUUCCUUGACCAUUUUGUCUCACCGUCGUUCCCGUUUAUUUUCUGUAAUUUUUUAACGAUCCUGCACCGAGCCUUAUCUUUUUUUUUUUUAUUCUUCCCCAACAAGUACGUGAGCGUCGUCUUUUCGCAGAAUCCGAUCCGUCGCGGAAAAUCGGACACGUUGGAGUAAAUUAAAAAGUAUAUCAUGCCGAUACUGCCAUAUAUACUACGUAAGGAACAGCGAUUUGGUACGAAACUCUCACGAAUCCGCCUUAUCAUCACGUUGUUUGCCACCUUAUUCUCAAUCCCCAUUACUCCCCUACGAAUUUAUUUUUUAGCUGAGAUUCGUGCUUCUUACGUCCGGAUGUGCUGAUUACUAUUAUAAAGUGUAUAGAAUCUACUAAACAUCUUAUUUAUUUUAUUACCAAGAAUAAUGUAGCUCCCUCUCAUCCACGGCAAAUUUGUUGUUUCAAUUUAUCUUCAUUGAACGCGUUGCAUGUUGCUCCGACGAUUUCUCUUUGACAUAUUGUGACAAUUUUAUUUACUUACAUUUCAAUUGAUUGAAGAUUACUUGUAUGCGCCUCGAACGAAAUUCCUCGAAAUUUAUUUGCGCUUUCGAAAGCACUCAAUUUUACUAAAUUUAUUUUCUUUCACGGAGAAUCUCUUUUUUUAACGUAUCUGAAUUUGGAAUACACAUAGAAAAUCAACCAAUAAGAAUAAUAAUGAUAAGAACAUUAGUAACGAUAGUUAGAUAUAAUGCCGAUUAUGAUCAAAGAAAUAUACUCCCUAUUCUCCCUUUCGUAACCUUAUCGAACCGACAUUUCUUUAUUAUAUUAUUCUCAUUUUAAUUUUCAUCUUUUUUUAAUGUGGAUCGAUUAGAUUCCUCCAAUACUUCACACGAUUCUUCAAUCGAAUCUAUAACUUUUUAAAAACACAGCAUGUGCUAUGAGAUGCUUUUGUCAAUAAUACUCCCGUUUUUCCUUUCAUGUCAUCUUUUUAAUAUCUCCUUCUGUCUAUCUCUUGGAAAUCCUGAUCUCGUGUGAAGUAAACGAGGAAAGACCUAGAAAUCGGGGGCUCGUAAUCUUUAUUAAUAACCAUACACGAUAUAGAUGAAAUUGUUCGUUAGAUAGUAAUUAAUUGACCUCGUGGUGUCGCUUGCCUUAGCUUUUGCUAGCUUACGCUUCACCACGCGGCCAAUUAACGUCUGAGAGAAAUUAAGCGACGAGAGGAAGAAAAAAUAAUAAUUGUAAUGAAAUCAUAUUUUAUAAGAAGACGUAAUUCCGUAAGAACACUAUAGCAAUGAGAAGUCUGUCUAAUACUAGGCAAAGCCCAUAGGCCAGGUGGACGAAUGAAAAUAAUUUUAAAAAGUGGAUUAAUAUUUAAUAAUAAUGAUAAUAUUAACAAUGUUAUUUUUUAAGUGUAAGUACUGUCGUCCCAUUGCUCCUUCUUCCUCUUCCUCCUGCUCCUCCUCCUACUACUUCCUCUUCGUCCUUUUCCCAUUGUUCCCUAACUGGUCUAUAUUACAUAUAUGUGUAUAUAUCUCCGUCUGUGCACGAACCCACAAAAUACGUAUAUACAUGUAUAUGUACUUAUAUAUAAAUAUAUAGAGAUAUAUUAUACUCGCUCGCGCAACUGCGAUAAAACGCAUUUGUUUCGAUUUUUCUCACACAAAGUGUUUUAUAUAUCAUUCUCCCACGUUUUCCAUUUAAAAUUUAAAAUCGAUUUCCUGCCACAUGUAUAAUGUCGCAACGAUGUCGUAUACCACAAGCAACAACUUACCGAAUGAAAAAGAUUGGAAUAUCCGUGUUAUCGCUGUUGCGGACACUCACAAGUAAUUAUUACGUUAUUCUUAAUUAACGGAAAUUAAUAAUUGCACUAUAUUAGUAUAAUAACAAACAAUAAUGUAUGUCGUCGCUCCUAUUCUGUAAAUAAAAUACUAUACCGUCUAAG